GUGAUAAUAAAAGUGUAAGUUUUAAUUAAUGAAAAUGCAAAAAAUGGGAAUACUUGUUUCCAUCAUCCAAUGGAUCAUUUUCCACUUACUUGUAACUAGAUAAUGAACAAGUGGAUGGUGAAAACAAGUAUUCCAAUACAAAGCCAUCUUUUCUUUGGAGGUUAUGGAUGAAAGAGUUUGAAGGAAAACUAUAACAUGCUUCUAAUGAAUUAUACACUUCGGUGUGGGAAAAUAUAAUGAGUAGUAUGACAAUGUUUUCUGAUAUUCCACCAUGGGUGAUGGUCUGUUGAAUAAUCCUACCAAAGAAGAAGAUUUUAAACACAGAACAGAUUAUAAAGAUCAUAUAAACUCAUUUACAUCAUCAUCAUCAAAAGCUGUAAUCCGAUUUAAAUGUUGAUAUCCUCUUCAAACCCAAACCCAAACCCGAUUUAUUGCCCUCUUCUUCUUCUUCAUCCUCAAAAGCCGGGUGCUUCAGAAUGUAGCUCAGAAGCUGGACCCCUCUCAGCGCGUUCGUCAACGGCAAAUGCCCCUCCGGCACCUCGUCGCCGAGCUCCCAAUUGAACUCGUCCGGAAACGCCCGGUAAUUGUACUGUUCAAUCUCCGUCUCCAGCUUCUUCAUCCACCCGAUCUUCUUGAACAGAUCCGUGAAGUCUCCGUUCACCUUCUUCCAGAUUCUCCUCUGUACACUGUACCCGAAUCUGCCAUUGCUGUGCUUCCGCCAGAGGGAGUCGAUUUGCCGGAGGUCGGAGUCCGGGAUGAACUGGACCUCCGAGAAGAACACGUACCCGCGCUCCUGUGCGUCGUCUCCGGCGAGGGCGAUGAGCAGCCGGCGGGUCUCCUCGUCCGCUUGCCGGAAGUUCUGGGCGGCGAGGUGGCGCUCCAGGACGUCGUAGGACACGGAGGUUUGAGGCGGGGAGGAGGGCGGCGUGACUGUAGUCGUCGGAGUGGCGGGGGAAAGGUUGAAGUUGAAAAUGCCGCGCGGAAGGGCGGCGGCGGAGACGGCUCCGGCGGUUCUGGUGGUGGGUUUGAGGAAGGAGGAGGAGUCAGACAGGGGAUGGCGCCUUAAUGUGAUGGGGUGGCAGUGAUGGUGGUGGUUAAUGGACUUUAAUGGAUUAGUAGCCAUUGUUGGAUUUGUUUGUUUUUGAGAAGCUCUGAGAUCAGAGGGGUGAGGUUAUAAUCAAAAGUUGAGAGGCAAGAAGGAUUAGAGGAGGAGAUUUGGAACAGAGUAUGGUGAGUAGACUAGUGAGAUAAGGAAUGAGUGGGCAAAAUACAAAGGAAGGAUGUGAU